AUGCUCUUCUCCUCGUCGUCAGCAUCAUUCGCUGUGGUGCUUCUGUUAACACAAUGGGCCCAUUCCACGAUUGCUGCACAAUGCUAUUUCUCCGACGGCACCGAAGCGGACAGCAGUUUCCAGCCUUGCUUCCCGGAUCAAGAGAAUAGCCCCUGCUGUGCGAAUAACAAGCCCAAGAGCAUGGCCAACGACAUUUGUUUGACGAGUGGCCUGUGUCUGGCACAGAUGCAGGGCUACAGCGGGUUGAUAUAUCAGAACGGGUGUACCGAUCAAACCGGGAAGAGCAGCCAGUGUCAGACGAUUUGUUCGGGCUCUGCAUCGGGCGGGAUCCACCUUCUCCCUUGCCCGGCCAAGGGUGUUGACCAGUGGUGCUGUAGCAUCAACGGGACGAACUGCUGCGAUAACGCGGGGACAGUCACGAUCGGCACUAUCUACGGAUACACGAGCACAUCGUCGACUUCGACAUCGACAGCCACCGGGACCGGAACCGGAACGAUAGCCACAACGACCGUCACCACAACAGCGACAGCCGGCAACGGUACAGAAGUCUGCGCGGAUUCGAGUUCGAAGACGACCGCGGUCGGGGCUGGGGUUGGCGCUGGUCUGGGUGCCUGUUUGGUUGCGACGCUAUUUGCGCUCUGGUUCCAGCGACGGGCGUAUCAGAGGAAACUGCAGCAGAGUGGCGGAUAUGCGGGAUACGGUCCCACCAGCCCUGACAUGACAUACGCUCAGUCCGGGUAUUCGCAUCCGUCGAGUGGUGCUCAGCAGGUUGUCUCUGAGUUGCACUCCCCUCACGGAGUCAUCCAUGAGGUGGAUGGAAGGGAGGCACGCAAAUGA